GCGCUGGAGACGGGCUGGGGGUGCCGCCGGCCUCGGUGUGCGUGCUCCUUAGACAGGCAACAUGGCGGCUACCGCGGCAGCUAAGGUGGCUCUUAGGCUUUUUUACCAUCCAGGGGGUUUAGCCGCCGUCGCCUGGUCGCCCGCCUCCUCCUCCUUCUCCCUGGGCCGCGUGAGACCGAGCAGCUGUUCUGGCGUGACCGCGGCCUUCAGAAAAUACAGUUCAGAAGCCAAAGGACUGGAGGAGGAACUGCGGGUUCGGUAUUUGGACGACGAGCAUAAAGGAAUUGUUGUACUUGGAAUAAACAGAGCGCAGGCAAAAAAUGCACUUAAUAAAAAUCUUAUUAAAACGAUAUCAAAAGUUAUGGACGCUCUGAAAACAGACAAAAAAGUACGGACAGUUAUAUUCCGAAGUGAAGUUCCUGGGGUAUUUUGUGCUGGUGCUGAUCUUAAAGAAAGAGUUAAAAUGCAUGCUAGUGAAGUAAGCUCUUUUGUCUCAAAAGCAAGAUCCACUAUUAAUGAAAUGGCUAAUCUUCCAGUACCAACUAUAGCUGCAAUAGAUGGCAUUGCAUUAGGUGGCGGCCUAGAAUUGGCUCUAGCCUGUGAUAUAAGAGUGGCAGCUUCUUCUGCAAAAAUGGGACUAGUUGAAACAAAAUUAGCAAUCAUUCCUGGUGCAGGUGGAACACAACGACUACCUCGUACCAUUGGUGUGUCUCUGGCAAAAGAAUUAAUAUUUUCUGCUCGUGUACUUGAUGGUGAAGAAGCUAAAUCAAUAGGCUUGAUCAGUCAUGUCGUUGAACAGAAUGAAGCAGGGGAUGCUGCCUACAAAAGAGCGUUAGCCCUGGCAACAGAAUUUUUACCUCAGGGACCCGUAGCAAUGAGAGUUGCAAAAUUGGCCAUAAAUCAAGGAAUGGAA